UUUCAAAAUACUGACCAAUCAAAUUUACAGUGCAUUGGUGGUAAAUUCAACCUUAUAUCCGGUCAUCAUACUAUUCGUACACAAGUAUAUAUUCAAGAACGUGAACAGAAAGGGAAGAGUAAGAAUGGCGUCAGUGGAAACAAUUACAGCCCUCAAGGGGAUGGCCUCAGACCCAAAGAAAAGAAGUUUCCUUCUCAAGGAUUUGACUUGUAUCGGAGGUCUUAUCAUGGUGCUGUCCAAUCCCGAUGUAAAGGUGGUCACAGUUGCCCUUGAGACCCUGCUUUUGUUGGCUGACAGAGCAGACCACAGAUCAACAUUACGAGAUUUCCUUGGGAUGACAGACCAGCUAGAGACAAUCAUGAGGAGAUCAUCUUACGACAAAAAAGCAUCAAACUUGGCAGAGAAGUUGUAUGUGACCCUGACACAGGUUGACCUGCAAACACCACUGAAAGAUACCUUCAACAGGUCUACAGUGUCUGGACAGUCUAGUAAGAAAAGUAGCACUUCUAAGAACAACCGAAGUGUACUGAAUGGGAGGGCUAAACACAUCAUCUUACAGAUCCGAGGGCUCAUUGACAAGGCUGACCGUGAACUGGUGAUGCGACUGCUCCUACAGGUCAAAGGUGUCGUCAGUAUUACAUUUGAUCUCAACAAGAAGAGAUGCAUCCUCAGGACGAAACAGGAGGUAAAACCAGAGACCUUAGUACAGGCUGUUUCUAAAUCCCAGACAAUGAUAGCUCAGCAGGUCAUCAAAGAUGAUAAUGGUGAAGAGAUGUUGCUGUCAUUUGGGUCGAAUCAUCAGGAAAUGGACAAGGAGAAUACAACCUUGCCAGACUAUCUACCUGACGAAGUGGACAGCCCCGUUCACAAUGGAAAGACUUUGGCUCGUGUGGGGAACGACGGUGACAACAAAUCUUCUGGCUGGCUCAGUACAGCUGCCAGCUUCCUCACCAACUCAUUCUACUGGUGAAGGGGGACCAUUUAACACAGUGACAAUUCUUAGUGCUCUAUUAGUAACAGAGGUAGCUGUGGUUGACAGCACCUUAAUGAAAUGACAGGUCCAUGUAUUGCGUUACCAGCUCAAAAUUUACAAUUUGCAACAGUUAAACUGUACCAUGUUUCAUGUGUGUAUUACAUCCUUACUCUAGGAUGAAAUGUGUAUCUAGUUAUUUUGUAAAAGGAGUCUAGGUCGGUAUGAUAUUGUAUAUACAUUUUUCCAUACAGCGGACUUGUAACAUGAAAGUGUUUUGAUAUUAUCUGGUAAUUUUAUACCAAAGUCAAUCUAAAUUAUUAUUUUGUGAUCUCUUCACAAACUAAGGACUCCUGUGCUUCAGCAUGACAUUUGUUUAACGUCUGCCAUGACAUUUGUUUAACGUCUGCCAUGACAUUUGUUUAACGUCUGCCAUGACAUUUGUUUAACGUCUGCCAUGACAUUUGUUAAACAUCUGCCAUGACAUUUGUUUAAUGUCUGCCAUGACAUUUGUUUAACGUCUGCCUUGACAUUUGUUAAAUGUCUGCCAUGACAUUUUUAAAAAU